AUGAAAGACAUAAAACAACAAAUUAAAGACGCUGUCACUAGAACGACACCCGAGGGUAGGGGAAAAAUAGCCUUCUCAAUGAAGGAACAAAAGACGGUUUUAAUGGCGGUAGACGACAUCUCAAAUAUGUAUACAGAUAUUUUGACACUACUCCUAGUGCAGGAAAACGAAAUCAACAAACUACAAAGAGAAAACUAUGAACUAAGACAAGACAGACUACAUACACAAAAAACAAAAACAACUGACAUAGAUACAAGCAUGGACAACAAAUUAAAAAAUUUACAAACAGAGAUUAUAAAGGCACUCAAGAGCAACCCACUUGCAGGUACCAUAACACCGACAACGACAACAACAAAUGCUACUCCCCUGACACCAACAACAAAUAUAAUGUCAAACGACUUCCCGGCCCUAGGGCAAAGAACUUACGCCCAACUGGCGAAAAAACCCGCAAAUACAAACCCAGAGACUACUAAAGACAAAAAGACAUGGACGACACCGGAACCUUACAAAAAAUUCGACACGGUAAUUAAACUUAAAGAGGGGCAACAUGGAGACACACUUACAGAGCUAAAGAAACUUAUUAAAGCCAAAGACAUCAAAGGAACACAAAUAAGACACACACGGACAGCCAUAGUAUUAACAUCACAAACAAAGGACAAACAAGACGACAUAAUAAGACGCACACAGACAUCCGCAAAACUAGACAUUAAAGACGGGACAAGACACAACGAACCUACAAUUAUACUGACCGGAAUUAAAAAAGGACUGACAUACGACGAACUAACGGACGGCCUAAAAUUAGAAAACGAUGACUUAAAUGACAAUUUUAGUGACAGGCUAAAAUUACUAACAGUAGUAUCGACAAGACCCUGCAGAAACCCAUACAAGGAAAACGCCUACGUAAGAGGACCGACGGACAUCAUAAAAUACUUAUUAAAAACGGAAAAAAUAUAUUUGGACUUCCAGACAAUUUAUAUUAAUGAGGCCACACAGCUCGCCCUAUACUUUAGGUGCUGUCGAUACGGACACGUAUCGAAGCACUGUAGAGAAAAGACAGCGACAUGCUAUAAAUGCGGAGACGGACACGACGGCAAUACUUGCAACAAAGACACGGACAAAUACAACUGCGUAACUUGUGAACGACUACGACUUAUACCAAGAAGACAUCAGGCCAGAGACAUAAAUUGCCCAAUUUACGAAAGAAAACUAGACGAAGCACGGGCACAAACAUCUUACAACUAAUAGGAC